CACAUAUUGGGAGAUCACAGAACAGGGUGGGUGUGGUUUGGCUAACUGAAAUGGAUCACAUAUUUCAAAGUUUACUAAAAACGCCUUUGAAACACUCUACACUUGCCCAACUAAGAGACGAAACAAUAGAGAGAGUGAGAAACGACUAGAAAGGGCAAAGAACCAGAACCUAACAGAAAGUGAGCUCAGCGUAUGCAGCUCCAAAACAAUUUUCAGAGAGAUAGUGCCCAGGCAGAAAGGAAAUUGAUAACACAGCACGGUGAGAUGUUGGGGAUAACUGAGGUUUCAGUCGCUCUGAUUGUGUUUCUCCUGAUUGUGCAAUUUCUGAAGUUGCAAUGGACACGUAGACGGCUUCCUCCCGGACCAACUCCCCUGCCCAUUAUUGGCAACUUAUGGCUGCUGGACUUUAAACUUCAGCGAGAAGAUCUUCUUAAGUUAACCAACAUCUAUGGCAACAUUUACACAGUGUGGAUGGGACAGACACCUGUGAUUGUAUUGAAUGGAUACAAAGCAGUAAAAGAAGGCCUUCUCUCCCAUUCAGAAGAGAUUUCUGGACGGCCUCUCACCCCCUUCUAUAGGGAUCUGAUGGGAGAAAAAGGUAUUUUCCUGACAAGCGGUCACACCUGGAAGCAGCAGAGACGCAUUGGUAUGACAUUUCUUAAGAGCCUGGCACUGGGUAAGAAAAGCCUGGAGCACCGAAUACAGGAGGAGACCAGACACCUGGUGGAGGUCUUUGCAAGUCAGAAAGGGAAACCCUUCGACCCCCAUACCCACAUUGUCCAUGCUGUCGCAAAUGUGAUUUGUGCUGUGGUUUUUGGCCAUCGCUUCUCCAGUGAGGAUGAUUCCUUCAACCGGCUCAUCAAAGCCAUCUAUUUUGUGAUCUUCUUCCAGGCCACUAUCUGGGGCAGGGUGACCAUGAAUGAUAUCACUCUCCUGAGGUUAACACAGAGAGAUAAAGAACGGAUGUUGCUUGACUGCAUUCCAGUAGCUGUACUGGCCGCGAAUGCAUCCCAAGUCUUCAGGAAAACGGAGUUCUGAUAGUACAGAUGCGUCUCCCCAUACAGCGAGCAGAUCCCGUACCUCCCGUUUGGUCCAUGCUGGAGCUCUUUUGCGAUUCUGGGACUCCAUGAUCACCUCUGCUGAUGAGCUCUGCACGGUCACCUGU